AAGUCAUUUUUGCUGAUUUAUUUAUAAUAAAAAACCUAAAAAAAAGCCUGCUGAACUCAGUCCAUACUUAAAAGGAAAAGCAGGAAGUCUCAUAUUACUUGCUCAGUCUUACUCUAUAAUCAUUCUUACUGUCAGCAUAGACUGAGGCGGCAAGCUUUGGAGUGUCAAGCAAGUAAAAGAUUUGUUAAACAGCUUUGUAUACAUAAAGACAUUUAUAAUAUAUCACGCAUUAAUAUCUCCGCUUGUGCUCCUCCAUACAUACUAAAUACCAAACAACAGUCUAAGAAUCCAUGGCUAUAGAGAGAAUGCUCCCGUGUUCAGUUCUGCCACUGAUAUCUGCCAACCUCCCUAUUUAAACUAUGCCCUUGUUCUCUGUCUUGUUUUUCUUUUUCCACCAUCCUCCCCUCCUCCUCCACUACACCGUCCUCCUCCAAUAUGCUGCUCUGCCUCUGCAAUGGUCUCCCUCUGGGGGUUCUAAAUAAAGCCAUUGGGAAUAAUCUCUUCCUGCUAGGAAUGUGACACUGAUGCCUGUCAAGAUCUGAGGAAGCGUUUGACACCUGCGGAAAUCAUACAAAGCUCACUCCCUACAAGGUGAUUUCAACAGAGGAGCUCCAAUAAGAUGGAAGACAACAUUGACUAUUAUAAUGACAGCUAUGGUUAUGAUCCAAGUGAAUACGUAUAUCAAUGUGAUAAUACUGAUAUCCGAACAUUGCGUUCCAAUAUGGUUUAUGUAUAUUCUGUCAUCUGUGUGCUGGGCAUUUUGGGCAAUGUACUGGUUAUUGUCACAUAUGCAUUUUAUAAGAAGCUAAAAUCCAUGACAGACAUCUAUCUUCUAAAUGUGGCCAUAGCAGACAUACUGUUUGUUCUUUCAAUUCCUCUUUUGGUAGUAAACGAACAGUAUGAAUGGAUUCUGGGAGAUUUAUCAUGCAAGUUACUGAAAGGCAUCUACAGUGUGAAUUUGUACAGCGGUAUGCUGCUGCUUGCUUGCAUCAGCACAGACCGCUACAUUGCUAUUGUUCAGGCAAGAAGGUCUUUCAAACUUCGAUCGACAGCUCUGGUCUAUAGCCACGUAAUCUGCCUGGUUGUCUGGCUUGUUGCAAUUGGUAUGUCCCUUCCCACUUUCAUAGUCUAUAAAACGUUUGAACAUCAAAACAUUACUGUCUGUGAAACUAAUUUCCCUGAUCAUCAGACUGCUGUUAUAUUAAAAACAUUGAUGCCAAGUGCACAGCUCAGCAUUGGAUUCUUCCUUCCUUUGCUGAUUAUGAUCUUCACUUACGCAAGCAUCAUUUAUACCCUCCUGCGAGCUAAAAACUUCCAGAGACACAAGGCUGUGCGUGUUGUCAUGGCAGUGGUAGUGGUUUUCAUUGUGUGUCAUCUGCCUUAUAACAUCAUUCUCUUGAUGGACACUGUAAAUAAGUUCAGGACAGACCUAGAUUGCAAUGAGGAAAAAAUGAAAACCAAGGCCCUUAUCCAUACAGAGUGCUUGGCUUAUUUACACUGCUGUCUAAAUCCUAUUCUGUAUGCCUUCAUUGGAGUGAAAUUUAGAAAUCAUUUCCUUAAGAUUUUCCAGGACUUGUGGUGCCUGAGUAAGAAAUACAUAUCUGGUAGACGUACUUCCAGGUUCACAUCUGAGGGCUUUACCUCAAGGAAAACCAGUGAGGUGUUUGAGACUGAUAAUCCAUCAUCCUUCACAAUGUAAUAUGAUAUGUUAUGAGUAGUGGACUGUGAUGACCACAAAUAAUUAUCUAAACCUACACACAAAUCUAGCCCAAAUUAGAUUUUGAGGGCUGCUUUGAACUGUGCUAUUGAUUAGUUCACAGAACUACUAAAGAUAUUCAUGCAACUUGAAUUGUACAAAAAGUGAAAUACUUUGUAAAUAGGGGUAAACAGAUAUUUCAAGAUCUUGACAACAAAUGUUCUAAAUCAAAAUAUACAACAUGCUGAGAAUGAUAUUUUGGCAAUAAACAGUGUUGUUUCAUAAUGAUGUUCAUAGGACCAAUCCACCUUAUCAUGUUGAAUGCUCCCAACUGAAAUACAGAUAUCAAAACAACGUACUACUGUAAUUGUCAGUCGACUGGAGAGGGCAGGGGUCAAAAUGUAAGCCUAAACUGCAUUUCUGAAUGCUCUGGAAUGUUUGUUUUUUCUUCUUUUUGUUAGUUUGUUACAUUUUUGUAAAGUAACUGAUGGGUAUUGACUGUAUUGACUAAACUAUAUCAAGAUGUAAAUGGAUUUCCCAGUUUUUCUCCUACUUUAUAAACUCUACAGUUUAUGUGGAUUACCACAAUAAAAUGAUGAGCUAUUAAGCUCCUGUUAGUGGCAUGUUAUUUUUUUAUUUAAUUAUUAUUUUUU